AUGCAUUCCCCCUAUUCCCUGGGCCCACCACCAAACAGACGUUUGGAUGGGUGUAAUCGUAUUACGUCCCUAUUCCCUUCCGUGUCUAUUACUGAUAUUGGCUGUAAUAGACAUUCUGAGUUUGAAGCAGAGAAUAGGGAUCCCCCAUCAAUUCCCAAUUUUAUUUUCCGUUUUCUGCCCUCAUCCUCUCCCGACGUUUCCCAAUUUUUUCCCUUCCAGAUUUCUACUUCUUCUUCAGGGGAGGAACCAUGCUAUGCUGGUGUGCCCAUGUCUUCCAUUGUUGAGCAAGGUCUUGGUGUUGGUGAUGUCAUUUCUCUAUUGUGGUUCAAACGUAGCCUUCCACGAUACUGUACUAAAUUUAUCGAGAUAUGCAUCAUGCUCUGUGCUGACCACGGUCCUUGUGCCUCUGGUGCGCACAACACUAUAGUGACUGCAAGAGCUGGGAAGGACCUUGUGUCCAGUCUUGUGUCAGGUUUGCUUACAAUUGGUCCUCGCUUUGGUGGUGCAAUUGAUGAUGCUGCACGAUACUUUAAAGAUGUUUACGAUGGGGGUCUUACACCUUAUGAAUUUGUUGAAGGCAUGAAAAAGAAGGGCAUCCGUGUGCCUGGAAUUGGUCACAGGAUCAAGAGAGGGGACAACAGAGAUAAGAGAGUAGAGCUUCUCCAACUGUUUGCUCGCACAAAUUUCCCAUCUGUGAAGUACAUGGAAUAUGCCGUUCAAGUUGAAACCUACACUCUCUCAAAGGCUAACAACCUUGUCCUCAACGUGGAUGGUGCCAUCGGGUCACUUUUCUUGGAUCUUCUUGCUGGUAGUGGAAUGUUCACAAAGCAAGAGAUUGAUGAGAUUGUUGAGAUUGGCUACCUAAAUGGGCUCUUUGUGCUAGCACGAUCCAUUGGUUUGAUUGGGCACACUUUCGAUCAGAAGAGACUGAAGCAGCCACUAUACCAUCACCCAUGGGAAGAUGUUCUCUACACUAAGUGAGAGAGCAUUAUGAGCAGCAGGUGCAAUCUCCUCGAGCAUUGUUAUAGAAUCUGCUUCAGUAGCUGAAGCCCAUGUCAAGGAUGUGAGUAAUAAAGAGCUGAAAACCCGAAUCAAGAAGUACUUUGAAGGGGAUGAAGAGGCACUCCCUUCAGUUCUUGAGGCCAUUUUGCGGAGAAAGUUGGCUGGGAAGCAUUUGGAGACCGAUGAUGAAUUGAUGGAUGAAUUGGAGGUGCAACCACGAGACGAUGUGGAUGAUGAAGAGUUCGAGUCAGAUUUUGAUAAUUUGUACUCGACUGAUGAAGAGAUACUUGCAAUACUUACAAUGUUUUUGAUGAAAUAAAGUGUGGAUAGAAAACCUGUCAAUACUUGCAAUGUUUGUCCAUAAUGUUUGUAAAUGAGAAAUGACCCUAGUCUACUUCAUUUCUCAAAGCCAAUCGCUUGCGAUUGCAUGUAAAUGUCACUAGAAGGCUGUUGCUAAGGCUUAAGAAUCUGUUUUAUGAGUCAAUGUUGGUUGUUUCAAGUUCACUUUAAUGUCACUCUGUUUAUUGCUUUCUAGUUUAACUUUUGUAUGGUAAGUGAUUUGUAUACUAGUUGUUUCUCUUGAAUAUGCAUGCAGAACUUACAUA